CAAGCAAAGCGAAAUUCAAUUCAAAAGUCAAUAAAAUUGAAAUCCAUCAUCAGGCUUUAGUUGAAACUUAAAACGACCUAAAAUACUAUUUUCAGCUGUUUCUUACUGCUUUUUAUAACUGAGUGUCCAAAAUUUACCAUGAAUUGUUUUUUAUCAGUACUCACAGUUUAGUUUUUAUUUUGUUAGUGGAGCUUUCAAUGCCUUUUCAGGUAGAAAUUAAAAAUGAGGAAUGACGUCGGGAAGAGUUAACCGGUUCAAUUCUCCAAGGUUCAUCAAUUUUGUUGAAAAUAAUAAUUUCUCAACUGAUGAUGACGAAGAAGACUGCGUAUUCUGCAAGCUAGAACAAUGCCAGUGUAGUGAUGAAGAAAAAGAGAAUGAGAAAGAGGAUCCCAUAGAAGACUCAUCAUCUCGUAAUGAUACUCCAGAGCCGCCUGAACCUGUUGAAAAUGUGGCAAGGUCUAUUUCCCCAAAGAAGAAAAAGAAAAAGAAGAAAAUUAGUACAAUUUGCACUGAGAACUGCAAAUAUGAGGUGGUCACGAAAAUAGCAAAAUCGUUCGGGAUGCGCAGUGUUAGAGAAUGCGACAAUUGGAAUUUGUAUUGGACCGACCAUACCGUCACAGUUGAAAGGGCCAAGGAAAUGAAACGAUUCCAAAAAGUGAACCAUUUUCCUGGCAUGGCUGAGAUUUGUCGUAAAGAUCUGCUGGCACGAAACCUUAACCGCAUGCUCAAACUUUUCCCUAAAGAUUAUAACUUCUUUCCAAAAACUUGGUGCUUGCCGGCAGAUUUAGGUGAAGUGAUCGCUUACUCAAGAUCUCAUCCCAACAAAACAUUCAUUCUGAAGCCUGAUGUUGGAUGCCAAGGAAAGGGCAUUUAUUUAACCAAAAAUGUCAAGGAUGUCAAACCGUAUGAGAGGAUGAUCUGUCAAGUUUACAUUCAUAAGCCUUUCUUGAUAGACGGCUUCAAAUUUGACAUGCGUAUCUAUGCACUGGUGACUUGUGUAGAUCCUCUACGCAUAUUCGUUUACAAUGAUGGCCUAGCUAGGUUUGCCACCAGCCGUUACAAGGAGCCGGCCGGACAUAACACCACGAAUAUCUACAUGCAUCUGACCAACUAUUCGCUCAACAAACAUAGUCGGAUGUAUGUGGUGGACGAUGAGGCUGGCAGUAAGAGACGGUUGUCAACACUGAAUCAGCAUCUGGAAAAGCUGAGCUACGAUGUGGAGCGAGUGUGGGCGGCUGUGGAUGAUGCCAUCAUCAAAACCAUUCUGGCCGCUCAUCCGGUGCUCAAGCACUCCUAUAAGGCCUGCUUUCCAAGUCACGACUUCCUCUAUGCAUGCUUUGAACUACUAGGCUUCGACAUUCUUCUCGAUUAUAGACUCAAGCCGUACAUUCUUGAGGUGAACCACUCGCCAAGUUUCCACACGGACGCUCGCCUUGACGCGGACGUGAAGGAAAGCCUGCUGGAGGACACGUUUCGUAUUCUCAACCUGGCCCAGUGCCAUCGCAAGCGUGCACUCGACGAGGAUAGGCAGCGCGUGUACAACCGACUCAUGCAGACUAUCAACUCACAAAAUGCCACCAACAAUGGAUUAUCUUCAGAUUGUGCAGCAGAAAUGAUGAACAGCCAAUGGGAGUGGGAGUCGUCGCACAUGGGCAACUAUCGCCAGAUCUACCCAGCGGAUUGCUCCGACCAAUACCAGGUCUUCUUCGAACAAAAUCAAAGCUCUGUUUUCCAGGAGACAUUCGCCUCGAAAGCUAGAGAAGAGGCCAGUCGAUUGCAACGUGAGGAGUUUGAAGCUCAAAAAACUGCAGAACUGUCUCGGAGAAUAGGUCACAAGGAAAAGAAAGAGGAGGAGAAGUCUAAACCCUCUCAGCAAUCAACCAAUCCUAACCCAGAGUCACCUCAGUCUGCUAAGAAACAAAUGCCUAAAAUGGGGAAGAAAUCAGGUAAGGCAUUGUGCUGCUCGUUUGAGCCGGCUGAUAUCGAAGACAGGGACGAACAUGAACGGUUGGCCUCUCUCACUCAGCGGGACUACCUCGUUCGCAGUUAUGGAAUCAUGGACCAGGUAUAUCAAAUGAUGAAACAAGCUGGUAAUAUAAGAGCCGAUAUGAUAAAGUUUGGCAUCUAUGAAAAGUCGAGGAAAAGUUUGGAAUUCAAUGAGCUUCCUUGUGAAACCAUACUGCCAGAAAGGAAGAUCACAUCUCUCAUCAGAACACUGCCAAAGAUAAGGAAAGGAUCGGGAGAUAACAAUGAACAAAUUAUUUUGAAAUCAACAGUUUUACAGCCUCCAUGGGGUUUUGGGAACGAUAUAAAUGGUACGGACGAAAUUAUGCGAUUAUCGAAUUCAAAAUGGACUUGUAUGAAGCCAUUAUGUAAUAAAAUUGUUAAUGAUGCGGCCUUUUUGAUCGAUAACAAGCAGGAUAAAAAUUUGAAGCAACUGCCAGACCUGAAAGUGACUUGUAACGAGGCGGCAAUCUUCACUCGUCCGAAUCUGCCGGGUCCAGCCGAGUGGCCGAGCACGGUGGGCGCGAGGAGCACACGCUCCUUCAUAGCGAGGCACUUCUCCAACACACUCAAACUGCAGGACCUCGAGUCGCGGCUCAACUGCGACCGGGAAUCCAAGGCCAACGUCGACCGAACACUCAGCUUGAACACCAAUCAGAUGCAGUCGACUCUCUAGCACCACCGCAAUUACUUUCGUAUUCUUGAAAAAUCAUUAACAAAGCAAUCCUUUAUUAAAAAGAGUACCAGGACAUUGUAACAGAACACUUUGAUAU